CGCCGGGUAAACGCGUGCGUCUGCAGGAACGGGGCCGGAGGGGAGCGGGAGGACCCAUCAGAGCCUGUGGAUUUGAGCCUCCGCAUUUCUAAACCAGGAUCUCGAAAUGCAUCGUGAUUCCUGUCCAUUGGACUGUAAGGUUUAUGUAGGUAAUCUUGGAAACAAUGGCAACAAGACUGAAUUGGAACGGGCUUUUGGCUAUUAUGGACCUCUCCGAAGUGUGUGGGUUGCUAGAAACCCUCCUGGCUUUGCUUUUGUUGAGUUUGAAGAUCCCCGAGAUGCAGCUGAUGCUGUCCGAGAGCUAGAUGGAAGAACACUAUGUGGCUGCCGUGUAAGAGUGGAACUGUCGAAUGGUGAAAAAAGAAGUCGAAAUCGUGGUCCACCUCCCUCUUGGGGUCGUCGCCCUCGAGAUGAUUAUCGUAGAAGGAGCCCUCCACCUCGUCGCAGAUCUCCAAGAAGGAGAAGCUUCUCUCGCAGUCGGAGCAGGUCUCUUUCUAGAGAUAGGAGAAGAGAGAGAUCACUGUCUCGGGAGAGAAAUCACAAGCCGUCUCGAUCCUUCUCUAGGUCUCGUAGCCGAUCUAGGUCAAAUGAAAGGAAAUAGAAGACCAGUUCGCAAGAGAAGUGGUGUACAGGAAGUAACUUCAUUUGACAGGAGUAUGUACAGAAAAUUCAAGUUUUGUUUGAGACUUCAUAAGCUUGGUGCAUUUUUAAGAUGUUUUAGCUGUUCAAAUUUGUUUGUCUCUUGGAACAGUGACACACACAAAGAUGUAAUUCUCUAUGGUUUGAAAUGGAUCAUAUGAGGCAUGUAAUACCAAGAAUUGUUACUUUACAAUGUUCCCUUAAGCAAAAUUGAAUUUGCUUUGGAUUCUAGUCUUGUGUAGACUGAUAACAAACCUCUAAAUCCUGCCCAGCUAAAGUGUGAUGUAUUAAUAUAGAAAUAAAACUGGCAAAAAUUGAACUAAGAUGUACUUUUUUCUGUAGCUGGAAUAUAGUUCGCAGCUGUAGUCUUUAAAACUGCUGUGAACACAAGCCAGCAGGUAAAAAUAAAAGCUGCACCUUUAAACUAAAUUACAGGUCUUUGAAAAAUCCAACUAGUCUUUACCCUGGUCAGAGAUUGCCUAGUUGGUAUGGAAUCUGUUAAGUUUCAAGAAAGUUUACCUUUGCUUUAGGUCAUAAGUUCUUAUGUGAUUACUAUAUAUGAACACAUAGCUGUUUAUAAAAUUAUUUGGAAAUUUUCGAAAUACCGGUGUCCUGCCAGUUUAAGGGUACAUUGUAGAGCUGAACUUUGAGUUACUGUGCAAGAUUUUUUUUCAUGCUGUCAUUUGUAAUAUGUUUUGUGAGAAUCCUUGGGAUUAAAGUUUUGGUUACAAAUUGUUGUUUAACUUGAAAGCCUGUUAUUCCUUGCAAACUCAAAUCUGUGAGCUUGGUACCAAGUCCAGGUAUUACAUUCCUAUUUGGAAGCAAUACUUAUAUUUUCUUGUAAAGUGCUUUUGAAUUAAUAAAAUAUUAGCAUAAUCGUGUAA